CCCUCAAUCCCUCCUUCUCUGAACCGCCAAGCAAAACCCUUUCGUCUCUCAAAGCAGAUUCAAAACCCUUCUCCAAAUCGAGAAUCAAUCGAAAUCGAUGAGUUGAUUUGGUUCUCCCACAAAUCCCAUCGUUGCUCGAUCGACCACCGCUUGAGGAGGCGCAUCUCCGAGCCACCUCCAUCUCCGACCUCUGUGGCGACCACCGCGGCCAAGAUCUAGCCGAGUAACGCAAUCAUCUCUCACCGUUCUUCACUGUCCCGGAGACCGCGGAAGAGCUGCUGGAAACCCCUUUCGCCACCGCCGCAUCUCCUCCGUCCUUGUCCGUCUCACCGCCACAGUUAACUCCGACCUCCACCUUAGACCACCAACGCCCCGUAUCUCCUCUGCCGACGCGACCAGGUUUGACGUUGAGCUUAAGAGAGCCAAGAAAGAAAAAAGAGAGGACAGCAAUGACUAUGGGCAAAGAGAAGGAUAAGAGAAGGAAGAAAAAACAGAAGAAAGAGAAGGUAAACGUGAAGAUUGAGAUGCUCAGUGAACAGCCAAAUAAGAUUUCUCCUCUUGUCGGUUACUUCCCCUCUGGCUUUGAACCUCUUGACGAUCAAGAGUCGCCAAAGUCCAAGAUUAGGGUUUUGCGCCAUGAGAAGCGUACAAAUCGCUUGCAGCUCAUUGUUGGCCCUAAUAAUAAACAAGUUGAUUUUGUUGGCACAAAUUAUUCUGGUGAGGCUAUUGCACCUCAGGUCUGUACUUAUGCUCUUGGUGUGCUUGAUAAGGAAUCCCAGACGCUGAAGAUUGUCCCUAUUGCUUCCAAUAAGUUAUUUAGAUUGGAACCUAAAGUUAAUGAACCUGAUUUAUCUGAGAAGGAACCUUCCAAGGAAGAACUCACUGCACAAAGCAAGGCAGAUAAGAUUAGAGAUCUGACACUCAUGUAUUCAACAAAGAAGUCUAUCAAGCAGGCUAAGAAAGUUCAGUCAUUAUUACAAAAGGAAGAUCCUCAAAGCCAGGAGGUCUUGGACAAGAAACUUGAGAAAAUCAAGAUAAAUAAGGAGGCCCUUGAAAGUACUGACAGCCAUAAUACUCGCAAUAUUCCACCCCAUGAUUUAUCUGCUACUACACCCCAGAUGGCUUAUCCACUGGACAAGAUUAUCUUCAAAGGAGAAUGGGAUUAUCUUUCAGAUAUUCUGGAGUUUCUACAGGUUGGAUCAGAGGUAGCAGCUGAUGUUUAUCCGAGUUUUGUUUGCAACAGGGUGAAUAAAUUGGAAGAUAUGGAGGAUGACCUGGAGAAAAAGAGGCUCGCUUGUGUGUUCUCAUACAUCACUCAUCUCCUAAAGUUCAAGGAUAAACAUUCAUCGGAAGGUUCCUCCUCUGCCAAGUAUCAUAAAAUCCCAAGCAUCUUACAGCAAAAGUUCUCCACCAUGUUUGCUCUUUCAGAUAUGAAAUGGCGGCUACCUGAUGAGAAGACGGAUCUUCUUAUUAGCUAUGUCUUGGUUCUCACUCUAAUUGCCGACGACUUCCGCACGGAUCCCUCUGAUAUAGCAAGAGAUUUGAGAAUGACCUCCAUCGCACUGAGGCCCCAUUUUGAACAUUUAGGUUGCAAGCUUGUGCGUGAGGGCCAGUCGUUGUGGGCUACCCUUCCAGUGCCGCUGCAGUUUCCAAAGCGAAGGUUGAAGCGGCAACGUAGGUAGGUAGAUGAUAGUUGAUAGAUGGACUCCUACUACUACUAAUACUACUCGAGUUUUUGUUGUUGUUAUCGUAAUUGUUGUAAGUUUGAACACCCGACCCACCAAUGUUGCAAUACUAGCGUUCUGCAUCGCAAGCACAAUGAUGAUGGUUUAUUUAGUGAAUUGGAUGCAA